AUGAGUCGGAAAGAGGGUCUAAGGGCCGACUCUUCCCAAUUCACCUUGGAGGGGGCACCGUUCCGAAUUUUGGGCGGUUCCAUUCACUACUUUCGUGUGCCCAGAGCUUACUGGAGAGACCGGCUGGAGAAGAUGAGAGCCUGUGGUAUAAACACACUCACCACCUAUGUGCCCUGGAAUCUGCAUGAACCAGAAAGAGGGGUUUUCUGUUUCAGUGAGCAGCUGGAUGUAGAAGCAUAUGUCCGCCUAGCAGCAGACUUAGGCUUAUGGGUGAUUCUGCGUCCUGGGCCUUACAUUUGUGCUGAGUGGGAUUUGGGUGGGCUACCCAGUUGGUUGCUGCGUGAUCACAGUAUGAGACUGAGAACCACUUACCCUGGCUUCACAGUGGCAGUGAGCUCCUACUUUGACAAACUCAUCCCAAAAGUUGUCCCUCUUCAGUUUAAGAGGGGUGGUCCAAUCAUUGCAAUACAAGUGGAGAAUGAGUAUGGCUCAUUUGCAAAGGAUAACCAGUAUCUGACUUUCAUCAGAGAGGCUCUUCUCUCCAGAGGAAUUACCGAACUGCUCUUCACCUCAGAUAACCGUGAAGGGUUAAAGUGCGGAGGUGUGGAUGGAGCCCUACAAACCAUUAAUUUUCAAAAAACGUCAUACACUGCCAUCCAGUACUUGGCAAAUUUGCAGCCCCAGAAGCCCGUGCUGGUGAUGGAGUACUGGACUGGGUGGUUUGACGUUUGGGGAGAACCUCACCAUGUUUACCCUGCACAAGACAUGGUUGGUGUGGUGAAAGGGCUUCUGGAACAAGGCAUGUCUGUUAAUCUUUACAUGUUUCAUGGAGGAACCAGCUUUGGAUUCAUGAAUGGGGCUGUGGACUUCGGCACUUACAAACCACAGAUCAGCAGCUACGACUAUGAUGCCCCGUUAUCGGAGUGUGGAGAUUACACUGUGAAGUAUCACUUCCUGCGUGGUGUGCUCUGUAACUUUCACAGUCAGAAGCUGCCUGAGCCUCCUGAAGUGCAGGGUAGGAGAGCAUAUGAGCCCGUGGCUGUAACUCACUAUGUGUCUGUGUGGCAGAGUCUGCAGGCAGCUGAGAAGCCCUUCAAAUCAGAGGACCCACUCAACAUGGAGAACCUUCCUGUCAAUCAUAACAGCGGUCAGUCUUAUGGCUAUACACUGUACGAGACCAAUAUUUACACAGGCGGUCGCCUCAACUCUAGAAACAACAUUCGCGAUCGAGGCCUGGUGUUUGUUGACAGGCAAUUCAUAAGAGUUUUGGAUUAUAAAAAUCAGGAGAUGGGAGUGCCCCACAGUGAGGACAAGAGGAUCCUGAGUUUCUUGGUGGAGAACUGUGGGCGAGUGAACUAUGGAGAUGCUUUAGACAAACAGCAAAAAGGGAUUGUAGGAGACAUUUUGUUGAAUUUUACUCCACUGAAGCAGUUCACCAUCUACAGUCUGGAGAUGACAGCCAACUUCAUGAACAGGUUGAGCACAUUGAACUGGAGAUCCUCCAAAGAAAAGCCCACUACCCCUGGAUUCUUCAGAGGCUGUCUAAAGGUGGACGGCCAACCCAGAGACACCUUCGUCAAAAUGCCGGGAUGGAGGAAAGGUGUAGUUUUUGUGAAUGGGCAUAAUCUGGGACGCUACAGGUCCAUAGGUCCACAGCAGACCCUUUACCUGCCAGCACCAUGGCUCAAGACUGGAGAGAAUCAGGUCACUGUGUUUGAGGAGGAGAAAGCUGGAGAGAGGAUCACCUUUACAGAGAAUCCAGAGUAUGGAAAGACCAUUAAUGUGUCCACACAUCCCUUUUGUACUGUAAUCUAA